AUGAUGCCAUAUUAUUAUCAUCAUCAACAACAUCAAUAUCCAAUGAACUUACCAAUGAAUGGUUUAUAUCCGCCCGCGAAUAAUUAUUAUGGUAUGGGAGGUUUUGUUAAUGGGCAUGGAAUGCCUUUGACAUCACCACCACCGCCAUUCUAUUAUCCAUAUGAUAUGUCAUCAAUGGUCACUGCAGGUUCCUAUACUCCACGUAGUACUAGAAAGAACCAAGGACCAUAUCGAAAGAAUAAGAAUAAUGCACCGCGAACACCAUCACGUAGUGCUCAAAAAUCUAAAAAACAGAAAAGAAAUACACCAACAGAUAGAAGAUUAGUACAUUUUAUGCCCGAUAGUCUCAUGCAGUCGACUAAUCAGGGGAAUCAAAUGAACUCAUCUAAUAAGUCUGUCAAUCAGCAAGGUCGAUCGAAGAAAUCACCUGAAAAAGCACAUCGUGACACACUCAGCCGAAGAGAUAGGCGUCGCAAGAGUCGUGCAGCUGUAGCAGCGGCUACUGUGGGAAAUACAUCUCCAACUCAGAAUAAAACAGUUCCAACAACAACGCAUAAUCGUUUCUUACUUCUAUCAGAUAGCGAUGAUGAGGAAGAAGAGAAUGAUAAGAGUGUAACGGAAACUGAAUCGACAGAAUAUUCAGAGGUUGAAAAAACCAUGAAUAAAAGAAAUGCAAAAACUCGAGAUACAAAACAGAAAAAUCACAUCUUGAGUAAAACUCCAAAGGAUGAUCUUACGUCUGAAAUGUCAUCGGCGAAAUCGAAAGAUAAGAGAAAACAAAAACUCUAUCUACAAGAUUUCAAAUUAUUUUCAUAUGUAAGAGAGAGAGUAAAUAAAACCCGUGCUAAGAACGAGGUUAAUCUAAAAGAUCAUCUGAAUACAAUCUUUGCAUAUGCAAAAGAUACUAUUGAAAUGUACGAAGAAACACCAUUGGGCUAA